UUCCCCAAGCAACCGUUGAGGAUGCGCUGACCCCACGUAGCCAUGGCCUCUGCUGGGACAGAGGGGCGGCCAGGGUCCCAGCAGAGGAUAGCUGUGGAGCAGGCACAGCUGGCAGAGGCAGGUGGCCACAUUCAGAGCACUGAAUGUCCAGUGAUGGAAGACCAGUGCCUGGUGCCAGCCCAUGAGGCCUGCCAAGGUGAAGACAAGUGUCCAACAGAACCAAUCUCAGAGCCAGAGCUCCAGGAGGAACGACUCAAGCUGGAGGAAGAGAGGUUCAAGCAAGAGGAGGCACUAGAAGAGAGAGUCUCCAGGUUUAUGGCCUCCACUGUGAGGCCCAGUCAUGGUUCAAAGAGGAAGCUGGUCAGCCUGUCCCCCAGCCUACCAGGACCUACCCACCAAGCCCAUCCUAGGGCUGAAGCCGAGCUGCCACAGGGGCUGACACUGCACAGGGAGGAGCCAGAGGGUAGCCAGAGUGAGCCUUCACCAUCUGCCAAACAGCACAAGAAAGCCAAGAAACACAGGAGUCUGGGGGCCCCAGUGCUCCCAGCUAUGGCCAGCACAGUGUCUGCACCCUCAGAGACCUUGGGGCAAGAGCGAAAGGCACAGCGCCUGCGACCCCUGUAUCAGUACAUCAACUAUUGCAAUCCUGAGCUGAACCAGGCAGCGCAGGGGGACAGGGAAGCUGAAGCUGUGGUGGAGACUGAGUUGGAGUUGGCUCCGGAGGAGGCAGGUGUGGAGCAACUGCAGGCCUUGCUAUCUAUGGCAGGUGAGCUGGGGUCAGGCCUCAUUUUGCCCCACUCCAAUACAUUCACCCCGACCCGUGCUCUGGUUCCCUUGGGAUGGGAAGCUGGAGAGGAGCCUGGGGGUCUGCCCAAUUUGGAGGUCAGCAGCUACCUCAAGGCUGAGGUGGGUAAGUCAACCCAGGCAGACAUUGGUAAGAUGCUGAGCGCCUGUGCUGCCCCAUUUUUAUCCCCACUCUCUCCUCAGAACAAGUGACUGUCCCCUCCACACUGGUGGCUCACCUUCUCUCAAGCCUGAACCACAGCAGCAGUCUAUGAGCCUAGGCCCCCAGGUGGAGGAGGCAGUUGGGUGACUGUCCCAACUUGGGACCUUGGACUUGAUGAAAAUAAACAUUUUUCCUUUGCUCAAUCACUUUGUGAUUCUCCAAGUAAGACUCAAAGGGGGAGAGACUGGGAAGGGUGCAGGGUUUGAAGCCUGACCAUCAUCUGAAUCACCCAGGAACGUGACAAUAGAGAUUCCUGUGUCCUGCCCCAAGCCUAAUCAGAGCCUGAAGAGGUGGCGCCAGGGUCUGUGCAUGCAGAGGCUCCUCAGACGAACCCUAAGGGCAGACAGGUAACAGUGCAGAUUGAGAGGGAAGUGCUAAGGAGAAUCUUGGGGCAGAGAAAGGAAAGGGACUGUCAGGUCAUGGGAAGCAGGUGCUUGGCCUUGUUCCCUUUCUUCCAGGGAAGAACCCUGAAUUUGGUCUGACCUCAAGGGGACCAACACUUGGGAGCCCCUCUGAGUUGGUAAAGUUCAUUUGCCUGUCCCAGAGUGGCAGCGUUGGAAUACUCUCCACUUAUUUUGCCAGACCACAGCUGGACCAGACUUGGCCUCAAGAGUGGCCCCUGGUGACAGAACCUUCAGUGCCUUUUCCUGGCAGGCAGAAGGUGGUUGUGAGGUGAACAUUCUCCCAGUAUCCCUGUGGCCAAGCAACCAGAUGACCGUUGCUUCUCACCCUCAGGGCUCUCUGGGAAGAGACCACCCAUUUUGGAAACCCUCAUAUCCUGCUGCCUCCUCAUCCACUUG